AUGGCCCAACCCACCGCCCACACAACCACCAUCUCCAACCCCCGCCUGCGCCUCCUCAACGCCCUCAAAUCCGCCUCCUACCCGCUCAUGACCUUCGUCGCCCUCCCCUCCGUGCGACACGCCCAGGUCCUCGCCCUCACGGGCCUCGACGCCCUCAUCCUCGACUGCGAGCACGGCCACAUCUCCGACGACGCCAUGCACAACGCCGUCGCCGCCGUCUCCGCCCUCGGCGUCUCCCCCGUCAUCCGCGUCCGCGGCCCCGCCCACGACGUCCUCAAGCGCGCCCUCGACACGGGAGCCCACGCCGUCAUGGUGCCCCAGGUCAGCACCGCCGACGAGGCCGCCCAGAUCGUCCGCAGCUGCAAGUUUCCGCCGCACGGCCUCCGCGGGCAGGGCUCCGCGUUUCCCGCCAUUGCGCAUGCGCUUACUAUCCCCGAGUAUAUGAAGUCGGCCAACGAGACCAUCGUGACCAUGAUACAGAUUGAGACGCGCGCGGGCGUCGAAAACGUCGAGGAGAUAUGUGCCGUUCCCGGCGUGGACCUCGUCUUCAUCGGGCCCAACGACCUCGCCCAGGCCCUGCUCGGCUACGUGCCCGCCCGCGGCGACGAGCCCGAGUUCGUCGCCGCCAUCGACAAGAUUGUCGCCGCCGCCCGCAAGCACGGCAAGUGGGUUGGCCGCCUCGUCAACAACGGCGCCCUCGCCAAGGAGGCCAGGAGUCGUUACGACACAGUCGCCAUCACAGGAGACACAAAGGCGAUAACGAACUGGUACACGGCCGAGUUGGACGUUGCGAGGUCAUAG